AUGGGUGCCGGCGCGUAUCUUCAAAUUCUCAAUGGUACACCGUACACUUUUACUAAUACUGCUCCUGGUCAUGAUGGAUACCAGAUGAACAAAUGGGACCCAGGUGCUUCAAUCUCUCCAGGGACUACCGAUUUUUCUUACUUUGAGUUUAAAGAAACUAUUGGCGUUAAAGAAAGCGACACACAAGUCACUAGCACUUAUACAGUCGGUGAUACGGGGUAUUCUUUCAGCAUUCGAGCAAAUGAUGACCCUCCGAGAUUGCUUGCCAGGAUCGAUGGGUUUUCGACUCCCACGAUGCCAGAAGGUGAAUGGCUCAUACUCGGCUUUGUCCACAACGGUAGCAACCCUUUCGUGCUUAUCGGCACUAUCAACAACAUGUUAUCCUCAUUUUCACAGCCCGACUGGAUGCACCAAAACUUGGCUACUUUGGGUACUUUACCCUUGAAGCAAAUCUGUAUGCCAGGAAGUCAUGAUGCUGGCAUGGGUGUUCUUAACCCAGAUGGUUUGACUCAAGAGGGCAGUGCCGCCGUGGCUGGUGGUAUCAUUCAGACCCAGCCAACCACUAUUUACCAACAGCUCGUGAACGGGUCCAGAUAUCUUGACGUCAGGCCGGUCAUGGCCGCGGAAGGUGACUUCAGAGCCGGCCAUUUCUCUUCGAACUCGACUAUCGGUGAGGUUGGAUGUUAUGGUCAAAGCAUGAGCGAUAUUGUUUCCGACAUCAACAAAUUCACUCAACAGUAUGCCGAGCUGAUUAUUUUGGACCUUUCGCAUGGAUACGAUUCGACAAACGAUUAUGCCGACCUAUCAGUCGGCCAGUGGUCCACACUUUUCACUCAGCUGACCCAGGAUUUGUCUAAUCUCGCGUUGAUCAACGCAGACUACACAACAGGACUGGUGUUCAACAAUACUUUGAGCUCAUUCAUUGGAAAUGGGACGGCCUCUGUGUUAGUCUGCCUUGAUGUGGACAACAUCUUACCUGACUCCUCAUUCCAGGGGAAGGGCAUCUUUUCCCAAGCAAACUUACUCACGUACAACGUGUAUUCCGACACUACGGAUGUGAAUAAGAUGAAUCAAGAUCAGCUUUCAAAGCUUGAGAACUAUCAGAAAGACACGACUGGCCAAGUCAUCGAUCAGCUUCAUCUUGUGUCAUGGACCUUGACGCCAUCAAGCCUCACCGAUCCUACCAUACAGGAACUUGCUGGCAAAGCAAGUAUACCCUUGUCCCAAAACCUCCUUUGGGCUUGCACGCAGUCGGCUUUUCCUAACGUCAUCCUGGUGGAUUGGGUUGAGAAUACCAACACGACCGCGCUAGCUAUGGCUAUCAACAAAAAGGUUUACGGGAACGUCUCUCCGAAUCCUCCCGCUCCCACCCAGCGAUAUGUCUCAGCUCUCACAGUCCAGGCGUCCAACGACUCGAGUUUCUUCCCGCCUGGCACUUGCGUGGACGAGAGUGGAGAUCUGGGUAGCCCAGAUUGUAACAAUAGUUUCGGUGGAGAGUAUACUUACGUCGUAAAAUCAUUUACAACGGACCCAUCCCAAGCCGUCACUGGAUUAAGCAUUGAGAUCACUGGCGAUAGCGAUCCGGCACUCGGAGGGGACUUGGCUAAAGGAGCUGGCGGCGACUUCCGGUAUGUGGUCACUUCGCAAGAUUUGAAGUUGCCUACCAGGAUCAGUGAAGUACAGCUAUGGAGAUCUCCCAACGACUCUGUUUCUCUCGCUGAUGCGAUUAAUGCUGGAUGGGACGGAAUAAGUACAGACAUCAAUCAUGGGAGAAGUGGCGCGUACCUGUAUCUUGUAUGGAAAGAUGUUCAGGCCUGA